UUUUUCGAUUAUAAACCUGGGCACAAUAACAGAACCUUUCAUAUUCAGAAUCAUCCUCACCCUCAAGUGUUUCCUAAUUUGAAACUAGACGACGAAGACCUUGCAAUAUUUCUUAAGGAAAAAAUAACAGGUCUAGACUUCAUUGAAACCACUGAAGAAAAAUUUCGAAGUUAUGGUUUGAGAGGACUUGCAAUAUUUAUUGUCGAACUCAAAAAGUUAAACGUCUUUGAUCGAUAUUGUGAAAAUAAAGAGAAGAUAGCAGAUACUUCUCUUGUAUCUGAAGGAGUGAAAGUUAUAGCUAAGGCGAAUAACCCCAGUACUUUGACUUUAAUAACCGGCAAUGGUGACUAUGGUCCUCUAAUAGUUAAGGCCUUAAAUGGAAGAUUGAAAUAUGGUUUUGGUCAUCAG